GCUCUGCUGGCAGAUCCCAUAUUCGCAGCUGCCCUCAACCAGCGCCUCAGUGGGACAGGAUGGACGGCCGAGCUGCUGGAGAACUUCCUGUACAAUGGCGCUCCAGAAGACCGUCCACCCGGCACGCCGCCCUACAACUGGCGGGAUGUUUACAACUCCACCACUGAAAUCCUGAAGCUCCUCUCCAAUUUCCUGAAUUGUCUUGAUCUGAAUAAGUUUGAAGCAGCCGCGACAGAAACCCAUCUGGUGAACAAAGCCUUGGAGCAUCUGAAAAAUGGCACAUUCUGGGCCGGAGUUGUGUUUGCGAACCUCGAUCCAAACUCAAGUCACAUCCCUCCUUAUGUGAAGUACAAAAUCCGGAUGGACAUUGAUGAGGUGGAGCGAACCAACAGGUUGAAAACAAGGUCAUGGUCUCCUGGAGCCAGGGACAGCUCCUUUAACGACCUGCGCUACAUCUGGGGAGGCUUUGCCUACCUGCAGGACAUGAUUGACCACGCCGUUGUACGACUGCAAACGUCAAAGUCUCAGCCGCUCGGUGUUUUCGUCCAGCAGAUCCCGUACCCUUGCUUUGUCGAUGAUGCCAUUUACCUAAAGAAGAGAGGGAAUUUAGCUAUAUGUUGAGGGUCAGCAAGGGAGGUUGAAUCAAAGAAGACAGCGAAACAGCCAG